UAAAAAUUUUGAAUUAUAUUAAACGAAUGAUGGCUGACACAGCCACAGGCCAAAAUAAGGUGGAGCUGAUGAGCCAAGUGAAGCAACAGAUCGCAUUGGCCAAUGCCCAGGAGAUGCUAUCGAAGAUGACCGAGAAGUGCUUCAAGAAGUGCAUCCAGAAGCCGGGCAAGGCGCUGGAUAACAGCGAGCAGCGUUGCAUUUCGCAGUGCAUGGACCGCUACAUGGACUCCUGGAACCUGGUCUCGCGCACCUACGGCAACCGCUUGCAGCGCGAACACUACAAGGACACCGUGGAAAUGGCAGACUGACGUUGAUCUUGUCACUCAUACACACAAAUAAAGACCCAUAAAAGUUA